AUGAGCGACGUUAUCAAGUCCCGGCGUGAGCAAUCACAGAAACGAAAGAUGCUGCUCGCUCAAACCUUCGGUGUGUCCUGUGUGGAAGAUCUGAAGCACGUACUCGGCACCGCGGAAGACUCACCAAUCAACAAAGCGCAACGGUACGAGGACGAAGAAGCCAGCUCGUCCAAAACGUCCCAAACGGCCGAAGGGCUAGUGUAUCGGGAUUCGUCCACCUUUCUAAAGGGCACACAAUCGUCCAACCCGCACAACGAUUACUGCCAGCACUUUGUCGACACCGGCCAACGGCCGCAAAACUUUAUCCGUGACGUCGGUUUAGCGGACCGGUUCGAGGAGUACCCGAAGCUGCGCGAGCUGAUCCGUCUCAAGGAUGAGCUGAUCGCGGAAACUGCCACCCCGCCUAUGUACCUGCGGGCGGACCUCAAAACGUUCGAUCUUAAAACCCUCGGCACCAAGUUCGAUGUCAUUCUGAUUGAACCACCGCUCGAGGAGUAUGCACGGGGCGGGGCAGCUGUAGCGGCCGGUGCCCCGCGCAAUUUCUGGUCGUGGGAUGAAAUACUCGCCCUAGACAUCGGUGAGGUAGCUGCCCAUCGAAGCUUCGUUUUUCUGUGGUGUGGCAGCUCGGAAGGGCUAGACAUGGGACGUAAUUGUUUGCGCAAAUGGGGCUUCCGACGGUGUGAGGACAUAUGCUGGAUACGAACAAACAUCGAUUCUCCGGGCCAUUCGAAAAUUCUCGAACCGAAAGCAGUUUUCCAGCGCACGAAGGAACAUUGUCUGAUGGGCAUCAAGGGUACGGUGCGCCGUUCGACCGAUGGUGAUUUUAUACACGCAAAUGUGGACAUCGAUCUAAUCAUCUCGGAAGAGGCUGAGUUCGGCAGUUUGGAAAAACCGAUCGAAAUCUUUCACAUAAUCGAACACUUUUGUCUUGGACGGCGCCGGUUGCAUAUCUUUGGGCGCGAUUCAACGAUACGACCCGGCUGGGUAACGAUCGGACCCGAAUUGACCAAUUCAAACUUUAACAGUGAGCUGUAUGCUAGCUCGUUCGAGGAAAGCCCAACCACAGGCUGUACCGAGCGGAUCGAAGCGUUGCGACCAAAAAGUCCGCCAGCAAAUGGGAAAGUGUUACGUGGACGGGGUCGUGGUUUUCCUCGUAUUCGGGGGAGAUCGCGUGUGUAG